AUGCCGGGCAUUCUGCAGCUAAGGAGUGCAGGGGUCACCAGGACCCAUUCCACAGACUUCAAGGACAGCCAAAGUGGGUAUCCUCAGCUGCUCCAAAUCCCCGCCUACCUGAUGCCGGAAGCAGGGCCCAAAGAAUCAACCCCACUACCACCACUGCUGGAGAAAAGCUGGAUGAGGAAUUUCCGCCUGGCUCUACAGACGGGGAAACUCAGACCCAAGGUGGCCAUUGUCUCAGAGGAUGACUUCCAUCACAGCUCAAACUCCACCUACAGAACUGCGAGCAGCUCCCUCCGGGCUGACCAGGAGGCCCUGCUGGAGAAGCAGCUGGACUGCCCGGCGCCCAGCCUGCAGAGGCCCGAGGACCGCUACAGCAGCACUUACAUCAUCUUCUUCAGCCUGGGUGUGGGCAGUCUCCUGCCCUGGGGCUUCUUUAUCACUGCCAAGGAGUACUGGGUGUUCAAAUUCCACAACUGCACCAGCCCGGCCGCAGGGGAGGUCCCCGAAAACUCAGACAUCCUGAACUACUUUGAGAGCUACUUUGCCGUUGCCUCUACCGUGCCCACCAUGCUGUGCCUUGUGGCCAACUUCCUGCUUGUCAACAGGGUUCCAGCCCGUGUCCGUAUCCUGGCCUCAAUGACCAUAAUCCUGGCCACCUUUGUGGUGAUGACUGCGCUGGUGAAGGUGGAUACCUCCUCCUGGACCCGUGGCUUCUUUGCUCUCACCAUCGUCUGCAUAGUGGUCCUUAGUGGCACCGCCACCAUCUUCAACAGCAGCGUCUUCGGCAUGACCGGCUCCUUUCCUAUGAGGAACUCACAGGCGCUGAUCUCAGGAGGAGCCAUGGCAGGGACUGUCAGUGCCGUGGCCUUGCUGGUGGACCUGGCGGUGUCCAGCGACGUAACAGACACCACCCUGGCCUUCUUCCUGACGGUGACCAUCUUCUUGGUGCUCUGCAUCGGCCUCUACCUGCUGCUGCCUAGGCUGGAGUACGCCAGGUACUACAUGAGGCUUGUCUAUCCUGCCCGUGUGAUUUCUGGUGAGGAGCUGCCCCAAGACUCCCCUACUACCUCUCUGGUGGCCCCUGGAUCCAGUAACUCCCACACGCCACCCCUCCGACCCAUCCUGAGGCAAACUGCCGGCCUGGGCUUCUGUAUAAGCUAUGUCUUCUUCAUCACCUGCCUCAUCUACCCCGCCAUCUCCACCAACAUCGAGUCCCUCAACAAGAGCUCAGGCUCGCCGUGGACCAACAAGUUCUUCAUCCCCUUCACUACCUUCCUCCUGUACAACUUUUCUGACCUGUGUGGCCGGCAGAUCACAGCCUGGAUCCAGAUGCCAGGGCCCAAGAGCAAGGUGCUUCCUGGGCUGGUGCUCCUCCGGACCUGCUUCAUCCCCCUCUUCAUGCUCUGCAACUACCAGCCCCGUAUCCACCUGAAGAUGGUGGUCUUCCAGUCUGACAUCUACCCCAUCCUCUUCACCUCCCUGCUGGGGCUCAGCAAUGGCUACCUCAGCACCCUGCCUCUCAUCUAUGGGCCCAAGAUUGUGCCCAGGGAGCUGGCCGAGGCCACAGGGGUGGUGAUGUCCUUUUACGUGUCCCUGGGCCUGGUGCUGGGUUCCGCCUGCUCUGCCCUGGUUGUGCACCUCAUCUAGAGGCGAUGGGAACAUCAGUGUUGUGGGACGCUUGGAGCCCCUGCAGGUUGGGUAGGGCCUGCAGGAGGAUCUCAGGUAACCUGGAGGAGGGGGCAGUUCCAGAGAGCAGAGCAUACAUAGGCCCCAUUUCUUACGAGAUGCUGGUGAGCCACGUCCAUAUCCAUCCCAUGCAA